CUAUGACCACAGGCAUAGACCACAGAUACCAAACAGGUUAUGACAUAUGACACCACAAGAAAGAAUAGAAAUUCUAAAAUUCUAGCAAUAUAAUUUUCAGUAUAUAUAUUCUGUGAUAUAUUCUUUAUCUAUUAAUCUAAUCAUGAUCUGAUCAAUCCAAUCAAUCUAAUUUACACCGUGUACACUCCAUAAUCUAAUUUAAUAACACCUAUUCUCUGAAUAACAUGUUGAUCAAAAUAACGUGCUUUUUUGAACCACAAGAAGUUGAAAUUGAUAUAGAGCCAACUGAUAAAGUUGAACGAAUGAAAGAACUAGCUGCAGAAAAAGUAGACUUUCCUGUAGAAGAUAUAUUGCUAAUUUGGUCACAUAAGUAUAUGGAGGAUGGGAAAACUGCUAAAUAUUACAAACUCCAAGAAGGAUCGAAAGUUCACCUCGUCCUCAGGCAAUUUGAGAACAGUUUCAUAUAUAAAGAAGCUCCAACAAAGGCUCCAACCAAAAAAUAUACCAAGGGCAGGGCCAAAGGCCCGAGGUCCGAAUAUAAUCUAAGGUCGAAAGCUUCAAAAAGAGUAACAUCUCAAAAAUGAACUGUGUUACAUAGGUGCGUUGAUGAGGACCAAAAGCAGUGGCAUGCUUUUAAUGAAAUUGCAUACAAGCAAAUUGAAAAACAUACAGCAAUUUGAAAUUGCUGUAUCAUCUCAUACACAUUACACUUACCUAUAUGAUAAAUAGAUUUAUUUUCAUUUUCAGUAUUUAAAAAAGCUCCGAAUAAGAUUUUCUGUUGGUUUUUUCUUUCAUGUUAAAUGACAAAAAUUAUGCUUGUUAGGGAUAUAAAUUUAAGAAUACUAUAAAUAUCAUUUUGUCAUAUUAUCACAUCAUCUACUCUCAUUUUCUUAUUUAAAAUUAUAUUGAGAAACAUUAUCGAUCGUCGUGCCAAUGCCAACUUGACGCCGUUUUUUUCGAUCAUGUGGUACAUGGUAUUCCAUUUGGUAUAUGGUAUUCCAUUUAGUAUAAUCGAAAAUAUACAUCUACUUUUCACUGCCACAAUAUGUAUUAUAGUUAUAUAUGUGGAAUAAUAUACAGGGUCUGCCAAUAGUGCGUCGGGCAUCUGCAAAACUGUUCUUGGGGCAUCUGUAGCUCCUAACAUAAAAAACUUAUGAAUUUUGUUUAACCCGCAACUGGCGUAGUGGAUCUUUGUACCGACGGACCCCAUUUAUUUUUCAGAUAAAAAUACAUGAUGAAAAGAUUUUAUAAAACGCUUGUUAUUUUAACACUGUUUACAAUAUAUUCAAACUUGUCAACAAACAAUUUCAUUAAUU